AAAAGUAAAGAACCCAAGAACGUUCUCAUCACCCUUUCUAUCGUCCAAAUUACUUUCUUGCCGCAAGAAAAGCUAUUCGCCACAGAAAUUCAAGGUUUUCCCUGUUCCCAGACGCACAAAACUCCAAUUUCCAUGGAAGAGACCCGAUUCGAUACUUAUCACCAAGACUUAGAAACCCUAGUUCCAAAUUCUUCAGUCUCCGAGGCCUUCGAUUGGGAAAAAGUUGAACCCUUGAAUCAAGAACCUAAAUAUUCUGCCGUUAAUGACGUGGGCGAUGAGUCUUUGGUGGAUUCGAUGCUUUGUGACUCUGGUUCAAGACUAAUCCGUUAUGGGUUUACCAAAUCCAAUUGUACAGAAGAAUGUGUGCUGUUUAUAAAUGCUGGAGGUGAGGCUGCAAACGAGGUAGAUUCCAGUACAAAAUUUGUCGGUGACACACAUUAUGAAGGGGGAAAUGUUUUCCGAACUAAUGAGUCAAUAACUGAGGGCGGAGAUUUUCCAUUCAUCUAUCAGUCUGCACGAUUGGGAAAUUUUUCUUAUCAUUUCAAUGAUCUUCCUCCUGGAGACUAUUUUGUUGACCUUCAUUUCGCAGAGAUAAUAAACACAAACGGACCUAAAGGAAUGAGGGUAUUCAAUAUAUAUGUCCAGGAAGAAAAGGUCCUAUCCGAGUUAGAUAUUUUCUCUGUAGUCGGAGCUAAUAAGCCAUUGCAGUUGGUUGACUUGAGGGUAUCUAUGAAGGAGGAUGGAGUAAUUGUGAUAAGAUUUGAAGGGGUCAAUGGAAGCCCAGUAGUUAGUGGAAUUUGUAUUAGGAAAGCGCCAAAGGUUUCAGUUCCUCAAGUGGCACAUGAAUAUCUUAAAUGCAACAACUGUGCUUCUAUGAUAGAAGUUCCUUCAGCUCAGAAGAAACUACAGGAAACGAAAUCCACCAUGAAAUAUGAGCAGAAGAUAGAAGAAUUGACCAUGCAGUGUCAACGAAAGACAAAAGAAUGCUAUGAGGCUUGGAUGUCAUUGACUGCGGCAAAUGAACAGCUGGACAAGGUCAGGAUGGAACUUGACAAUGUAAUGUUUAACACACUUUCUAAAGAUCAAACUAUGGAGAAACAAGCUGAAAAUCUGAGGAAUAUCUCCAGUAGGUAUGAGCAUGAUAAGCUAUCCUGGGCAGCUGCAAUCAAUAAUUUACACGAAAAAAUAAAGGUGAUGAAAAAAGAGCAUCUUCAGCUUUCUUGUGAAGCUCAUGAUUGUGUUGAUUCAAUUCCUGAGUUGAAUAAAAUGGUUUUUGCAGUUCAGUCUUUGGUUGCCCAGUGUGAAGAUCUCAAAGUGAAGUACAGUGAAGAGCAAGCUAAGCUAAAGAAACUCUUUAAUGAAUUUCAGGAGGCUAAAGGGAAUAUCAGGGUUUUCUGCCGCUGUCGUCCCCUAAGUAAAGAAGAGAUGUCGUCUGGUUCUACAAAAAUUGUAGACUUUGAUGCUGCGAAGGAUGGAUGUCUUGGAAUUCUGACUGGUGGCUCCACCAAAAAGUCUUUCAAAUUUGACCGUGUUUACACACCAAACAAUGAUCAAGUUGAUGUGUUUGAGGAUGCUUCGCCAAUGGUGACAUCAGUGCUAGAUGGCUACAAUGUGUGCAUAUUUGCUUAUGGGCAAACAGGGACAGGAAAGACAUUUACAAUGGAGGGUACUGAGCAAAACAGAGGAGUAAAUUAUAGGACUCUUGAGCACUUGUUUAAUAUUGCCAAGGAAAGGAGCGAAACUUUUACAUACAGCAUAGCUGUUAGUGUUCUUGAAGUUUAUAAUGAGCAGAUUAGAGACUUGCUGGCAACAUCUCCAACAUCAAAAAAGUUGGAGAUAAAGCAAGCUUCUGAAGGAUUUCUACAUGUUCCUGGAAUUGUAGAAGCCAAAGUUGAUAACAUCAGGGAAGUCUGGAGUGUACUGCAUGCUGGAAGUAAUGCUAGGGCUGUUGGAAGUAAUAAUGUGAACGAGCAUAGUAGCCGAUCUCACUGCAUGCUUUGUAUAAUGGUAAAAGCAAAGAACUUGGUGAAUGGAGAGUGCACCAAAAGUAAGCUUUGGCUUGUAGAUUUGGCAGGCAGUGAGAGGCUUUCAAAAACUGACGUGCAAGGGGAGCGCCUGAAGGAAGCACAAAAUAUAAAUAGAUCACUUUCAGCUCUUGGAGAUGUCAUAUCAGCUUUGGCAACUAAAAGUAGUCAUAUCCCAUACAGGAACUCCAAAUUGACUCAUUUACUUCAAGACUCAUUAGGGGGCGACUCCAAAACUUUGAUGUUUGUACAAAUUAGUCCUUCAGACAAGGACUUGGGUGAGACUUUGAGUUCUUUAAAUUUUGCAUCUCGGGUUCGUGGGAUUGAGUUGGGCCCUGCCAAGAGGCAGCUUGAUACAAGCGAACUGCAGAAGUUGAAAGCAAUGCUUGAAAAAGCAAGGCAGGAAUCCAAAUCCAAAGAUGAAUCUUUGAGGAAGCUAGAAGAGAAUUUACAGAACCUUGAGAGCAAGGCAAAAGGCAAAGAUCAGAGUUAUAAAAACCUACAUGAGAAGAUCAAAGAGCUUGAAGGCCAGAUUGAAUUGAAGACAGCGAUCCAUAACCAGUCUGAGAAGCAACUUUGGCAAUUAUCUGAGAGAUUGAAGGGGAGGGAAGAAGUCUGCAGUAAUCUCCAGCAAAAGGUCAAAGAGUUGGAGAUGAAGCUCAUAGAACAACGGCACUCAGAAUCUGCAUCUUUUCAACAGAAGGUUAAGGAACUUGAAAACAAGCUCAAGGAGGAAGUGCAGAAAUCAGAGUCUUACGCUGUCAGCCUUCAACAUGAGGUGAAUGAGCUGCAACGAAAACUAAAAGAGCAGGAACAAAAUUCAGAGUCUUGCUUACUUCAUCAAAAGAUCAAGGAGCUUGAAGAUAAGUUGAGGGUGCAAGAGCAGCAGUCUCAGGGUAUUCAUGAUUGCACUGAUCAUGCAGUUAGGGCCAGUACUCCUAAAACCUUUAUAAGAGAUGAAUUUAUGAAUGAGAUUGAGCCUCGUAUACUGAGAAGUUCAAAUUCAAUAAACCGCCCGUUGAGUCAAGGUUCUACUUUGCAAAAAGGAAGUGAUUCUCUCCAUGAGAUGAGGAGGAAAAGAGACUUCAGAAAUGCUGAUGCAGAAAACCAUAUUUUUGUGUCGUCUUCUUUAAAUGAUACCAAGGUUAGUAGGAAAUCUGAUCCACCUAAAAUUGCAAGGGUUAUGAGAACAACAAAGCUAGUCACUGCUACUCAAGGGCCCUUGACUCACAAGAGGACCAGCAGAGAUCAUAACCAAGGGAUCAAGGAGAGGGAAAAUAAGAAGAAGAUCUGGUCAUGAUAGUGAACCAACUCAACAGAAGUCAAUUUGUUUAUAUG